AUGGCCCUCGCUGCCGACCUUAAGAUCGAAGAGGAAGCGAACCUCGACUCUGCGCUAUUUGUCCGUAAGAAAGCGCUCUCGGAGCUGCGCAAGCUUUCAACACAGCGAGAUGCGAUUGUGGAGGAACUGCGCACUUUGGAGGGCGACGACGAGGAGCCGCUGGCCCGGGAAUUGCGCGAACUUGACGAGGAGUAUGCAAAUGUGCGUGCGGAAAUAGCCGAGCUGGAAGAGCGGUUGGUGGGCUUGCGGAAGCGAAAACACUGGCUUGAUGGGCGGAGGCUAGACGUAAGGAAUCGUCGCGAGGCCGGCCUUAGUGGGUACAAAGGGGCCCUGAGAGAGGUGGAUGACAAACUGGAGGAUGUCUUGAUCAAACCAAGGGUUCUCCCCUUGGAUGUCGAGGCUGUGGUAGGGCCGAGUCAGAAUGAAGGCAAUCAAGAGGUGGAACAGCAGGCCCUGGUAGGUCUGGAGUUCAUGCGCCUACGACCGGAGCGACGGACAGCCGACAUGGCAAAGGAUUGGUGGGAAAGUGAGAUUGCCCUUCUAGAGCGGCGCAAAGAGGACGUGAACAAGGAGCGCUCGGCACUAGAGGAGGGUGCCGAGGUCUGGAGGGAGGUUGUCAGGCUGGUAACGGCGUACGAGGAGGAUUUGCGCCAAGAGAUUGCAAAGGCCAGCCGUGCUGAGUCUGGAGGCUUCAACCAUGACACCGGCAAGGGCAAGGGAAAGGUCGUUGCCGAGGAUCAAGCUCCAAGCCCACUCAGGUUCUAUUCGUCACAGCUCGACAAAAUCACGAAAGUCAUGGGUGAUCUCGAAGAAAAGUUCAAUAUUGCGGAUGAACACGGGUGGAAGUUGCUGCUUUGUGCCAUCGGUGCCGAGUUUGAGGCCUUUAAGCAAGGCAAAGAGAUGAUCCAAGGCAUAUUGAUGGAGCAGGGGUACGAAGUCGAAGAUGAGAAGGGAUACCAAGGGAGUGGCGGGAGUACUCCACGAUUAGGGAGGUCCGCGGCGACUGUUCUGCAGGAUUCUACGGGAGCCUGGUCCACCAGUCACAGUAAUCGACCAACAGCCACUGAACACCAUGGUGUUGGCUACACCAGCCAUGAUGGUAACGACGACAUUGACGCUCAUACCUAUGGCCCUAAUCAUCUGGAUUUGGUGGACCUGGAGGAGGAUGGAUCACUUGAGCAUGAAGAGAAGCAAACGGGUCAUGACGAGAGUGACGAUAAUGAGGUGCCUCCAGACCUGCUGGUCUCGAGUGUCGAUGCCGAUGUCGAUAACGAUGAUUCUCAACCAGGAGGAGGAGUGGAUCUCCGAGCUUCGCGACAAGGUCUUGAAUCUAGCAAGACGACAGAGAUUGGGAACGAUGUACCGCCGGAAUUUUUGGCGCAUCAUGGACAUGGCGUUGACGACGUGGAAUAG